CACCCGGAGCACCAGCGGGACAGUCCGGCUGCACCACCAGCUCACUCGGACCACACGAAGCCGAAAUACAUUCCUAAUGGACAGAUAAUUAACCGGACUCAAGCAGUCUCCUGUACUUCGUGUCGCAGUUUCUGCGGGAAUCGGAACCAGUGGAGCAGCCUAACAGGGUGGUAGCAGCCAGGCCUUGCCCAAAACAGACUCCCUACCAGGGGUAACGGAGGAGAUGAAGGAUUAGGGGAUAAUCCGGGAUGGUUCCGUGGUGCGGCCGCAGAACCGUUUACAGCUGGACUAAGAUCUAUUUCUGAGCUUAUGUGGACAAAGCCAAAGCUCAAGGCAAGCGGGGGAAACUAGGCGACCUGACCACACUCCAACUGGUUCGACUUCUUCCAGGAACACAACUGCACAGUGUUCUCCUCAAUUUAUGGUCGUUUAAUUCAGCCAGCUAUGCAUGACAACGAGCUACAAAGAGGGGGGCAGAGUUUGGCUUGCAUAUGAUAAACAGAAGAUAAUAGUCCAGUGAACUAUUUGGCGCUGCAGGCCUGGAGCUUAACUUUUCAGAAUUUACACAGUUUCAAGAUCUUGGAAUAACCUUUCAGAGCUAUUUCAGGUCCAUACUGCUGAACUCUCAAUAAUUCUGACACAGAUCUAAAAGGAGAAAAGUUAAACUUUACUUGUUCAGUUUUGCCAUUCAGUUGGAUUAAAGGCAAUUCCAGACAUUGUUUUAAGUAGAUUUUUGAGAAAUAUUAAGUCAUUCACCUCUCGUGAUCAUGAAUCUUCAGGAGAAGUUGUCAGGCCUCAAAGGACUGGUCUCACACUCCCACAGCAAGCGUCGCUUUAAAGGCGACCUCACGCUGGACAUGAUAAGCCCUCCUCUGGGCGACUUCCGCCACACCAUGCACGUGGGCCGUGGCGGCGAUGUGUUCGGUGACACCACCUUCCUCAGCAACCACGGCGGAAGUGCCAAUGCGAAUAACGCGGAAACGGAUUCUAUCUCCACCCCUGACAACAAGAUCGGAGCGUUCUUCUCCAGGACGCUCCGUCACAUCCGGAGGGGCUCUGACAACCGAUCCACAGGAGGAUCCAAGGACCUGUCGCCGCCACCACCCGUCAUUUCUCCUAUCAUCAAGAACGCCAUCUCCCUCCCCAGGCUGGAUGUGGAUAUGCCAAAUGGGAGCCCCACUGCCAAAGUGCUCUUUCCAAGUUCCAAAAGCACGCCAGAGGAGAAGAAAAGCUCUUAUGGUAUUGAGUCUGGUUUCGUCACUCUGCCUCGUCUCUCCCGCUCUGAGCGUCAGCAGCCUUCCAUCUCCCUCCCCACUUCCUGCUCCCCAAACAUCCACCGCGGCUCUCUGACCGACCCUACCGACGCCAUCUUAUCCACCUGCUCAGCCUCCAUAAUGACCUUUGACCCCAUACCCACCUCAACAGCCUACUCUGACUCCCUUCAAUCCCUCACGUCUUUGGACAACUUCACCUUUGACCUCGGCCCCUCCCUCAUGAGUGAGGUGUUCGGCAUGAUCGACGGCCACCCGGAAGAGCAUGGCCACGCCUGGGAGGGAGAGGAGGCGGGGUCAGCGUGCGGGUUGACCAAUGAGGGGUCAGAGAUGGACUCGGCUACUAUCUCAUAUGUGGAUUCCCUGCUGAGGGAGGACUGCGGGGGCAGGAAGAGCCCGCAUGGGGCCGAAUGGGAGGAAGAGGAGGUGAACGGAGGCGGGCUUUCUGUUAAAGUACCUGAUGUGGCGAUGGGGUCUCCUGAACGAGUGAAGUUGGUGUCUGGGAUUGAGAGUGAGCGGUUUCAGAGUGCUACAGAUGUGCUUGCACGCCACUAUGGCGUCGGCCACUUAAAGGAAGGGAGCAGAAUGGAGGUUGCCGGUUCAGAGAUGAUGAUCAUCAGCAAGCCCAAGAACAAAAUGUCCUACAGUUACAUGGACGACGAGGAUGAAAUCAAAGUCUGAGUGGAGAUAUUUUGACACUACAAAACUGUCUCUGUCUCUGAUGUAUUAUUUCUCUGUAAUUCCAAUCAAAUCAAUCAUCUAAAAACUUGUUGGGGUCAACAAGGCUGGCUCUUUUGACAGGACGACCAUGAAAACUACUAUCCAGUAUGCUUCGUAUUGGAUCCUUUACUUUUAUACAAUCAUGCUUCAAGGAUGUACAUUUUUGACGCAGAACUGCCGCUGAAUGUAUCUAAAAGGAAUGAAAGACUUGUUGCUACACAUUCCCGAGCCUAGCAGAGAGAGGGAGAAAUGCUUUUUUACCAAAGGUCAAAACUUAAAAAGGACUGAAACAAAGAGAAGGCAUGGGAAGCGGGGAUGUGCCAGAAAAUGAAGAUGUAGAGAACGUCUCGAAGGAAACGCCAUAAACACGGAAUGUAGAAGUUACAAAGCCUGUUGUUCACUUUAUACUUUUCACACUUCCUCACUUGCCGGGGGGAAAAUAUUCUCAGUCACCAAUGAGAGAGGAAGAGGGGAGUAGUAACAUAGAUUAGAUCUUAUUACAACCUUUAGGCCUCACUACAAUCUCCUGUCAACUCCUUUCACUCAGGAAUACACUACCAGGAAACAAAAAGGGAAGGGAAGUAAAACAUCUGGAACCUCAGGCCUCAUUAGAUAAACCACACAUCUCAGUUAUUAAACUACAUGGAAUGAUGGGAUAUGACAAGUAAUACUGGUAUUUGCCAGUUGCAACUACAGCUAAACCCUUUAAGAGCUCAUUUUAUGCUGCAGACCUUCUAUACAGAGACUCCGUGCACCUUUUAUGAUUAUGAAGUCCGACUCCUGUAUUGCUUUUUUAAAGAAGAAUCGUCAUUUAUAUGUUCUUUUAUACAUCUGUACAUGAAGAUAUUAAUUGACCCCCUAUAAAUAUGUACUUACAGUAAGAGCACCUGCAGUACAUUCACAUCCAUCCAUAUGCUGCAGUCAGUAACAAUUCUAUAUUAUAAUGAUGAUAUAAAUUGACAAUAAAGAUCUUUCUUAUUA